CGCAAUCGCUGUACACACAGCUGAUCGUGACGUCACUCGGCAACAUGGCGGACUGGAAUAGAGGACAUGACUCUGUAAAUGACAUGCUGGAUGCUGAAAACAAACGGAUAGCAGAGAACUUGGCCACCAAAGUCUCCCGACUGAAAUCUCUUGCGUUUGACAUUGACAGAGAGGUGGAUGAUCAGAAUGACUAUCUGGACGGCAUGGACUCAAACUUCAUGAGUGCGACCGGCCUACUGAGCGGCAGCGUGAAGCGUUUCUCCACCAUGGUCCGAUCUGGCAGGGAAAACCGCCGCAUCCUCUGCUAUGUCUCUGUGGGCCUGGUCGUGGCCUUCUUCCUGCUCUACUACAUGGUCUCCAGGAUUCAAAGCUGACAGAGAAACCAAAAGGGCUAGAAGCUGGUCCUGAUGCUGAACUGAGACUGUAGACUCUUGAUUCAAUCAUCUGUUGUCAGGAGAAGACUUAUUCUGGAGUGAGAACACAAACUGGAAGAAGACAGAAAACAUGUUGAAUCCUUGAACUGACCAGCAGGGGAUGUCUGGAUUACAUUGUAAUGAGAUUUGCACAGAACAAUGUCAGCAGGAUUUUGAGAUUUGAAAAAAUGAGUAAUACAGAAUUAAACACAAAUAUGCUAUCAUCUCAUAUCGUUUCACAAAGGAAAUAGAGGAUCAAUACAAAAGUGAAAACAUGUCAUUAAAUCGUUUUUAAACCUUUGAUAUUACUAAAGGAAGAUCAAUGCAAAGAAAAGGAUUACAUUGUGAUUAACAGGGCUAUAGAAGAAUACUCAAACUUUAAACUGCAACAUGUUAAAAUAUUAUUUUAAUCCUUUAAACAUCAGUUAAAUUCCCCUUUAAUGUUACAGCACAUAAAGCUCAGUGUGUGUUUGAGGGUUCAGCCUGUUUACUUCUAACAUUCAUUGAAAAAUGUUGACACCGGUUCUGUUCAUAAUUUACAUAAAUGUUUCAUACCAUUAUUACAUUUUGGCUUUAUGUAAGACAGCUAGAGUCCUUUCUGUUCUGUUUACAUUCCAGGUGUCUUUCUGUUAACUCUCUACAGACUAUAUUUGGUAUAUUAAUGUAUCUAUAUAUAAAAUGAAGGGUUUUCAGUGGGGUACAUGUUGAAGGUGAUUGGGAUUGUUUUGGGAAUUAUUUGAUGUAUGCAUAAGAAUAAUUUAUGGCUUGAAUUUAUCAAAACUUUAAGAAAGGAGUAUAUUUUUAUUUUCAUAAUAGUUUAACUGAAAA